AUGACAUUGCUCUUCCCAAGGCUCAUCCACGGACGACGAUUCGUUUCUACAUCAGCCUUACAUGUGGAAGGCCUUGAUAAAUGGAUUGCGUCCAAAAAGCAGCUUGUCUUGCAUGAUACACUCCGGGCUGAACAUCUCUCUGAUCUCUAUAUUACACUGCCCACUCGUGAUGGUGGACAAGGACGACCAUACCAACCUCCCAGAGAUGGUACACAGUUAAGCUUCGGACACCAUCUAGUAUUCUUCCACCCUCGUAAUCCUGAGUCAACACUGCGUGCAGAUGGGACAGACACUGAUUUCUGUCCCCCUGAGCCAUUCACGCGCCGAAUGUGGGCAGGAGGAUCCAUGAUAUGGAACCGUAACAGUCCGCUGCUGGUCGGGAGCAAAGCGACAGCGGUGUCUACGUUAGAGAAGAUUGAAAAGAAAGGAUUUGAGAAGAAUACACCCAUGGUUUUCGUUAAGCAGAAGAUCGAAAUAACUAUCGAGGGCUCAAAUGAACCGUCUGUAGUCGAGGAGAGGUCUCAUGUAUACCUAACAUCGGGCGGAAACAAGCGUCUGGCACGCGAAGUCCAAGGGCUGCCAACACCAGAUUUUUCCUUUCACUUCACACCAAGCCUAACGACACUGUUCCGUUUCUCUGCUCUGACUUUCAACGGCCACUAUAUCCAUCUCGACAAGGAUUAUGCACAGAAAACUGAGGGCUAUCCUGAGAGACUCGUCCAUGGCCCUCUCACGGCUCUCAUGCUACUAGAAGCAGUCGUGUUCCAGAAACCUGGUUUGAAGAUAAAGUCCUUCGAUUACCGAGCAAGAAACCCCGUCAUAGUUAGUCGACCAGUGAUUAUUAACGGAACCUGGAUGGACGAAUCGAGAGUGGAGUUAUGGUCAACGGACGACAAUGGUGUUGUGGGAAUGACAGGUUCUGUCACAUAUUCAAGAUAG